UUUUUUAGUGGAAAACGCCAAUUUGCCACUCUCUCAAAUAGUUUUUCUUGUUCCUCAGACCACAUCCAUUUCUACAGACACAGAGAGAGAGAGAGAGAGAGAAAAAAAAAAAAAGAAAAAGAAAAAAAGAGAAAAAGACAUGGAAUCCAACGAAUUUGAAGAUCCUCGAUAUCUCUGAUUUGACAUUCACUCUCUCACAGUACUACUACCUGUGAAUUGUGGGCUUCAGCUCUGCUUGUACUAUUGACUUCGUACUACAUAUAAUUAAUAGAAUCGAAAGGUUUUAGCUUGUUUAAGGUUUUUUAAGUUAAGUUCCAACCUGUCCUCCUCAAAGCUUUAAACCCAGUACUACAUCGUGAGCUUUUUGGUUUCACAGUUUUUAUAGUCCAAAGUUGAAACUUCAUGUCCUGCUCAUUCCAAAAGGUUCAGGAAAUUGUUGUUGACCUUAUCCAACUCUUGUAAAAUUAUCAACUACAUACAUCUUUUGUACUUGAUAUUUGAGAGGAGAGUUUACGCAAUGGGUUUUUGGCUGUCUCGAUUAUCGACUGGGCCUCCAAUAAAACGAAGAGCGGGUUUGCGAAUAAAACAGGCGGGACGAGGUUCAUACAGGGGUAGUUAGACUGGUUCAGUUGUGUUGUUGUGAUAAAUUUGGCUAGUUUUUUUUUAUUAUUACUACUAUUUUUCACAAAUUGUAUUACUAGACCUUUGUGGUUUUCUUGAGAGUUAUUCCAAGUAAUGGGGAGUACUGCUUUGAGGCAGUUUUUGAAGAGCCUUUGCAGCAAUUCGCAUUGGAAAUAUGCGGUUUUCUGGAAGCUUAUGCAUCAUGGUCAAUUGAUUUUGACUUGGGAAGACGGGUAUUGUGAUUAUCCAAAACCAAUAGAACCUGUGGAAAAUAUAUCAGAUGACAUUUACUUCAAGGUUGUGAAUGAGAUAUGGUCUUCAAGCUGUGAAACCAAUACAUGCAAUGAUGGCUCAGGGGGAUAUCCAAUUGGAUUAGCAGUGAAUGAUAUGUCUUGUCAUCAUUAUCCCAUGGGAGAGGGGGUAGUUGGUGAAGUUGCAUUUACAGGAAGCCAUAGCUGGAUCCUCUUCGAAAAUAAGCUUACUUGCGAAUUCAAUUAUAAUUUAGUUCCUGAGUGUCCAGAUGAAUGGCUACUUCAAUUUGCAGCAGGUAUCAAGACUAUUUUGCUGGUGCCUGUACUUCCACAUGGAGUUCUGCAACUUGGCUCAUUGGAACCGGUUGCUGAAGAUCUGGCCAUAGUUGCAUAUGUCAAAGAUAGAUUCAACACCCUUCACAAUGUUGCAGGGAAUAUCGUACCUUUCACCUCCAACAGGGACAUUCAAGCUCAAACAUCCUCACCAUCCUCAAUGUCUGGUGUCCUGGAGAAUUUCGAUGAGCCUUCAGCCACAAGCACUGGCCAUUUAAAGGCUGAAGCUUUAGAGGCAUUUGGCCACAUUAGACCAAAAAUAAGAACAGUUGUGCCAACAUCAACAGUUGAAAAUGCAAUGCAGUUGUCUGGAACAAAUCUUGCAGGAAUUCUCAAUGGUACAAGCAAAAAUAAGACUGGUGUCACUCCAAAUAGUGUUGUUGGUUUAUCAACUCCGCCACAUCAAUUGUUAAAUGCUGACCACCUGGAGAUUUUAGAGAGUACGCUCUUUGAAUUGUCUUGUCUGGAUAAAUUACAGGCUUAUUCUCAAUGUAACAACUACAACAUGGGGUUGUUUGAAGAAUCUUCCUGCGGAAUCAACCUUUUCUCUACUGAAUUUAUGACAGAACAGUUGUUUGGAGACACAGAUGCUAAUGAUACAGGUUAUAACAGUGUGAGUAGUUUUUCUAGCUUUCCCAUAGAAUCUGAGCUAGACAAAGCACUUGGAGUAACUUUUCAGCCGCAAACCAACCUGUGCAACCCAUCUUUCUCAGUUGAGGAUCCAUAUAGCAAAUCAAGUUUUACAUGCAAUAUAGAUCUCUUCAAUGGUGCUGAGCCAACAUGGUAUGCCAAAGGCAAUGAUGAAGAUUCUCUCUUGGAAGCUGUAGUCGCCAGUGUGCCUGUCUGUUUAGAUGAUAAUAUGACUAAUAGAUCUAAUAGUGUUAGGGCAUCUGUAACCUUGCCCAGACAACAUGCUGAUUCCUUCCAGUCACAAAGUCAAUCUGAAGUGAGUGCUUUAGUGGGCGAUGACUCAGCUUCAAGGAGACAUUUUAAAUCUUCACCUGUUUCAAGGAACAGAGGUGCCUUCAAUGGUUCUUCAGCCUCAGUUUCUUUCAAUAGCAUUAGGAGCACAUUGAUUGAUGAAGUGCAGCAGCAAAAAGAUAGUGGAUGUAUGCAGCCUAGGAAGGGAACCAAGCCGUCCAAUGUUGGCAAAAGACGGGCCAGAGCUGCUGAAAAUCAAAGGCAACGGCCAAGGGAUAGACAAAUGAUUCAGGAUCGGGUCAAGGAGCUCCGACAACUUGUCCCAAAUUCUGCAAAGUGUAGCAUUGAUGGUCUCUUAGAUCGAGCUGUAAAGCAUAUGCUGCAUUUAAGAAGUGUAACCAAGCAUGCUGAAAAAUUGAGGCAAUAUGCCCAUCAUGAGGUGGCUAAUCACAAUAAUUGGGUUUCACCUGAAACCAAAAAUGUCAGCCAAAAUGGGACUAGCUGGGCUUUUGACUUUGGCACCGAACUUCAAAUAUGCCCCAUAGUUGUGGAAGAUCUUGAAAUCCCAGGACACAUGCUGAUAGAGAUGCUAUGCGAUGAGCAUGGGCUUUUCUUGGAGAUUGCAGAGGUGAUUAGAGGUGCGGAGUUAACCAUCUUGAAGGGUACCAUGGAUCUCCGUUCAAACAAAACCUGGGCUCAUUUUAUUGUUGAGGGUCCCAGGGGCUUUCACAGAAUGGAUAUUUUCUGGCCUUUGAUGCAUCUUUGGCAGCGUAAGAGGAAGCCCAUCUCAAGCAGGAUUUGAUUCAUAUCAUCUCUAAGAAACGGUGUGA